CCAGGAGAGAUUGUAUUUGGAGAUGGCUGUUCACAGCUGUGCCGCUGUGCUGGGAAUUACACUUUAGAGUGUGUCGAUAACUCCUGUGACCCCACUGAAGAGUGCCGAGAUGUUAACGGUGUGCCAGGCUGUUACCCUAAAGGUACAUCAACUUGCAUAGCCUCUGGGGAUCCUCAUUACACCACCUUUGACAAACGCAAAUACAACUUCAUGGGCAACUGCAGCUACUUAAUGUCUGCACCCUGCAAUGACACAUCUUUACCCUACUUUGAAGUCCAUGCUGACAAUGAAAAUCGAUACAACAGGCCGACCAUUUCAUAUGUGAAGGCUGUACAUGUAUAUGUACGCAUGGUGAAAAUCUCCAUUCUAAAGGGUGGCACUGUACAGGUGAAUGGGACCAAUGUCAAUCUACCAGUGACUCCAGUCUCAGGAGUUUCUGUGUUCAAGUCAGGAAAGCAUUACACUGUGUCCAUGGACUUUGGAGUAACUGUUCGUUAUGAUGGGAACCACUUCAUGGACAUCAAAGUGAUCAAAGACUAUCAGAACACACUAUGUGGGCUGUGUGGAGACUAUAAUGGAAAAGCUAACGAUGAGUUCCGUAAGCCGGAUGGAGCCUUGACAAACAACCCCAAUGACUUUGGACAUAGCUGGAACACUGACCCAGAGUGUAAUAAGAAACCCAACACCACCAUCCCUGGAUGUGAGGAGCCCGACAGGGAGCUGUAUGAGAGCUCUGGAUACUGUGGAAUCCUGCUGGACAAAAAGGGUCCCUUUGCCGUGUGCCACCCCAAAAUCAACCCUAACAAUCACUUCAGGGACUGCGUCUUUGACUUAUGUGAGCUGGAUGGAGCAAGACCCAUUCUGUGUGAAGCCAUCGAAGCCUAUGUCAAUGAAUGUCAAGAUCGCGGGGUCAACAUUGGACCAUGGAGGAAUGAAACGUUUUGUCCACUGAGCUGUCCCCCCAACAGCCACUAUGAGUCCUGUGCAGACCCCUGUCAGGAGACGUGCUCUGGAAAGCCUUCCUCCUGUGGCGGGCCCUGCUCUGAGGGCUGUGUGUGUGAUCCGGACUAUGUCUUAAGUGCUGGAAAAUGUGUGAAGAAGGAUUCCUGUGGAUGCACACACACCAACGGCCAGUAUUAUGAGCCUGGGGAUGAAUUUUAUGUGGAGAACUGUAUGCUCAAGUGUAAGUGUAACGCCCCGUUUGUUACCUGUGAGGCCUCUGACUGCCCUCCGAUGCAUGAGUGCAAACUUCAGGAUGGAGAGUUGGGCUGCUAUCCCAGUGGCUCCCAGGACUGUGUGGUUUCUGGGGAUCCACACUACAACACAUUUGACAAGAGGUUUUACAGCUUCAUGGGACCGUGCACCUACACACUGGCCAGGACAUGCAGGAAUACCACAGGUCCCUGGUUCUCUGUGGAGGGGAAGAAUGAGGAGAGAGGUGUGUCCGGUGUGUCCUACCUGAGGAAACUCUACAUCACCGUUAACGGGGUCACUGUCACCAUGAUGAAGGCCAGGAGAACUCUGGUGAAGGGAGUGCGUGUGGCCCUGCCUCACUCCCCAUCUCCUCUCAUGUCGCUCAGUCUUUCUGGUCAGUACGUCACCUUGCAGACAACCUUUGGCUUACUGGUGCGUUGGGAUGGAAACCAUCAUGCACAGAUAACAGUCCCUAGCUCCUACCAUGAUCAGAUGUGCGGCCUCUGUGGCGACUACAAUGGGAACCCAAGCGAUGACUUCACUAAACCAGAUGGCAAUCUAGCAGGAAAUGUAAACGACUUUGGAAACAGCUGGCAGACAGCAGAGGACGAGGAUGAUUCGUGUGUCUCAGACUCUAAGCCGGAGCCAGAGUGUGACCCUGCUCUAGAGGCUGAGGUGGUAAAACCAGACAAAUGUGGCAAAAUCAAAGACCCCGCUGGACCCUUCAGGGAGUGCAUCAGUGUGGUGGACCCCACCCCAUUCUUCCAGAGUUGUGUGUUUGACAUGUGCCAGUUCUUCGGGCAGCAGCAGGUGCUGUGUGACCAGCUCCAGGCCUACACAGACGCAUGCCAGCGCGCUGGAGCCAAAGUCCACCAGUGGAGGGCUCCAGACUUCUGCCCCUUGGCCUGCCCCCCCAACAGCUCCUACUCCCUGUGUGCCAGUUCCUGCCCUGAAACCUGUGUGGGAGGGGCGGGACAGCCCGGCUGUGAGGACGUCUGCGUGGAGGGCUGUGAAUGUAACCCGGGCUUCGUUCUCAGUGAUGACAAAUGCGUGCCACUGAGAGACUGUGGUUGUGUGGACCCCAGUGGAAGCUACCAUCCUGUGGGUGAUGACUGGUACGUACAGGGGUGUGAGGAGAGGUGUGAGUGUCUCAGUGGAGGGCUGAUCCACUGUCAGAACACCAGCUGUAAGUCAACGACUGAGAGCUGCCAGCUGCAAGAUGGCCAAUACGGAUGCCGUCCCCUGGGAAACGGCAUCUGUUCAGUGUCUGGAGAUCCUCACUACACCACCUUUGACAAACACACCCACCACUACAUGGGAGCAUGCUCCUACACCCUAACCAAGCCCUGCAACGUCUCCUCUGACCUGCCAUACUUCACCGUGGACACCCAGAAUGAGCACAGAGGCAGUAAUAGGAAGGUUUCCUAUGUCAGAGCUGUGGUGAUCAACGUAAACAAUGCGACUAUUAUCCUUGGCAAGGGCCGCAAAGUCCAGGUUAACGGGGCAGCUGUCCUCCCUCCUGUCAGCUCCAUCAGUGGAGUGAAGAUUUAUUUGAGUGGAAAGUUUGUAGUUGUGGAGACGUCCUUUGGUCUGCGGGUACGUUUUGAUGGGAACCACCAUGCAGAUGUCAAGGUGCCAACUUCCUACAAUGGGCUGCUCUGUGGCAUGUGUGGAAAUUUCAAUGCAAACCAAAAUGACGAUAACUUGAAACCAGACGGUACAGCAGCUGCUAACAGCAACGAGCUGGGAGACAGCUGGCUGGUCCCUGACCCCCGGCCUGACUGUACCAAUGGUGGAGGGCAGGAGGAUUGUGAUGAAAAGGUGGAGGAGGAGGCCAAGAAGCCCACCAGCUGUGGAAUAAUCUCUGAUAUCAAUGGAAUCUUUAGGCCCUGCCACUCUGCUGUUCCCCCUGAGAGCUACUUUGGAAACUGUGUGUAUGACAUGUGUGCCACUGGAGGCCAGACGGUGGCGCUGUGCCAGGCCAUUGAGAGCUACGCUGACAUGUGUGCUGCUGCCGGGGUCCCCGUCCCCUGGAGGAACAACACCUUCUGCCCCCUGAAGUGCCCCCCCGGCAGUCAGUACAGCCCCUGUGGCCCCGCCUGCCCACAGCCCAGCUGUCAGGACCCUGCAGGUCCUGGGGGAUCCUGUGAUCAGCCCUGUGUGGAGGGUUGUGUCUGUAACCCGGGCCUGAUCCUCAGUGGAGACAAAUGUGUCCCGCUCAGUGAGUGUGGAUGCACCGAUGAAGACGGACAGUACAGGCCUGUUGGAGACAGCUGGUUCACGGAGGAGGACUGCUCGGAGCGCUGUAAAUGCCUGGGGAACCACAACGUCACCUGUGAGCCGUGGCAGUGCAGCCCUGCACAGGAGUGCAAAGUGCUGGAGGGAGUUCUGGACUGUCACUCUACAGGAAAUGGAGUGUGCCACGUGGCUGGAGACCCGCAUUACUACACCUUUGAUGGUGUAAUGCACACAUUCAUGGGUACCUGCACAUACACGCUGGUGGAGGUGUGUAAUGCCACUGGGGUCACUACCUUCAAAAUAGUGGCUAAAAAUGAGGAGCGUGGUCAACCAGAGGCCAGCUAUGUCCGCUCUGUCAAGGUCUACCUGCCUCACAACACCACGGUUGAGCUGCUGAAGGGCCGCAGAGUCCUGCUGAACGGGCGGCGGGUGCGCACCCCCCUUUCCAUCGACUUGGUUGGUGCCAAAGUGAUAAGCAGCGGAUCCUACAGCCUGCUGGACACAAACUUUGGCCUGCAGGUGAAGUUUGAUGGAGUCCAUCACCUGGAGAUCACUGUUCCUGGAGGAUACUUUAACAAGUUGUGUGGCAUGUGUGGGAACUACAACCACAACAGCUCUGAUGACAACCUGAUGCCCAACAAGAGACCAGCCAAGGAUGUGAUUGAACUGGGAAACAGCUGGAAAUCAGAGGGGGACAGUGAUCCUGGCUGUCAGCCUGACACCCGCCCGGACAUCCACCCGAACUGCACGGCAGAGGAGGAGGGGCUGUUUGAAGCCCAGUGUGCCCAGGUCUUCCUCUCCGACCGCUUCCAGCCCUGCCACUCUCUGGUGCCCCCCGAGGCUUUCCUGGGUAACUGCAUCUACGACAUGUGUGAGUACGACGGGAUGCAGGCCACGCUGUGCGACAACGUGGAGGCCUACGCUCAGGCCUGUCAGAGUGCAGGAGUCUCAGUCCGCUGGAGAAACAGCAGCUUCUGCCCCCUGCCCUGCCCUCCCAACAGCCACUACUCGGACUGCACCGCCCCAUGCCCCCCCACCUGCUCCGACCUGUUCCCCAUAUUCUGCCACCUGCCCCCAACCACCUGCAUAGAGGGCUGCCAGUGUGAGGCGGGCCACGUGCUGAGCGACGGCCGCUGCGUUCCCCUGGACAGGUGUGGCUGUGUGGACUCAGACGGAGAGUACCAUGACGUGGGAGACUCCUGGCUGACGGAUAAAUGUGUGGAGUCGUGCACCUGCAACCCAGGUGGUCAGAUCACCUGUGAGAACCACAGCUGUAACCCCAACUCAGUGUGUGCUCUGGACAAGUACGGAGACCUCUACUGCCAGCCCACCAAGUUUGACCGCUGUAGCAUCUCUGGGGACCCUCAUUACCGAACAUUUGAUGGCUUCAGCCAUCAUUUCCAGGGACCCUACACGUAUGUCCUGGCUCAGGGCCACAACCUGCAGAACUCCCAGGAACCCUUGGUGGUGAGGGGGAAGAACAUCAGACGUGGAGGCAACCGGAGGGUGUCGUUCCUGGACCAGAUCUACACUGAUGUCUACGGUGUUAAUGUCCGCUUCCUGCAGAACAGAGUUGUGCUGGUGAAUGGAGAACAGGUAACACCCCCUCUCAGCCCAGUGGAUGGUUUAACCAUCACAAUGAACUCCAAGGAGGUGCAGCUGACUACCAACUUUGGACUGACUGUACGAUUUGAUGGCAAAAGUCGAGGAGAGAUCGUACUGCCCAGCACCUACAGACACUCUGUCCGAGGCCUGUGUGGGAACUACGAUGGCCUCACCAGAAACGAGUACAUGAAACCCGAUGGAAGCGUGGUCAGGAACCUGAACGAGUUUGGAGAAAGCUGGAGAGUCAGUGACCGACAGGGGGAUGGGCUGAAGGUCUCUGGCCUUCCCCUCUCUGUCCAUAUCCACAGGAGGGAGACAGAGGAGGAUCCUGAUUCAGGAUUCGAGACGUCGGACUGCUCUCAGUCUCAGCUCACUGACUACAACAGGGUGACAAAGUGUGGAGCCCUGUCUGACCCAGCGGGGCCUUUCAGUGCCUGUCAUGACCUCAUACCACCCAAGACCUACCAGGAAGACUGUGUGUUUGACCUGUGUGCGGAGCAGGGCAGUGAGCUGCUGCGCUGUGCCAGCUAUGAGGCCUACGCCGCCGCCUGCCAGGACGCUGGCGUCCCUCUCGGGUCCUGGAGGCAGCAGCUGGACUGUGCCUUCCAGUGUGAAGCCAACAGCAGCUACUCGUCCUGCAUGACCCCCUGCCCCUCGUCCUGCGCUGACCUGGCCGCCCCCUCUGAGUGUGGCGGCGCGGCCUGUGUGGAGGGCUGCCAGUGUGCGGCCGGCUUCGUCAUGAGCCAGGGCGCCUGCGUGCCCUACACGCAGUGCGGCUGCACCUUCCUCAGCAGAUACUACCCUCUGAAGGAGACAUUUGUAACCGAAGACUGCUCCCAGACCUGUGAGUGCACCAGCACCGGUGCUGUGUGCCAGCCCAAGACCUGCCAGGAGGACCACGUGUGCACCAUCUACAACUUCAAACGGGACUGCUACAGAGCGAGCCCCUGUCUCAGUACACCCUGUCUGAACGGAGGAACGUGCCAGGAGACCAGCAACAGCUCCUUCACCUGUCGGUGCGCGGCGGGCUUUGAAGGCGAGCGCUGUGAGACGGAGGUCACACAGACCGGAGGCCUGGAAACAAAGUGGAUCAUCCUGAUCGCGGUCCUGGUCUCAGUUGCUGUCGUCACUGUUGUGAUCACCAUUGUGUGUGUCUGCAAACGCAAAGCCAGGAAACACAAGUCGGAGGAGGGGAAACUUAGCCUGAAGUCAAGUGUUCCAUAUGAAAACAUAGAUGAACCUUCAAGACCUGAAAAAGUGACCCGGCUGUGACCUUAGCCUGGACGUACCGCCAUUCUUCUCGUGCCCUACAUGUUCCUGUUUUAACUUAUGUUUUUGAAGAUGUCAUUUUUGACUGAUGUGAAUGUUUCACUGAAAUGAACCGUGUAUGUAUUUAAUAAAUUAAAUGCAUUUUAAAAAGAGA